AUGGCUCGUACUUACAUAAAGGGAGAUUUUGAUCGACUAAUGAAAGAUGCAAGCAAAAUCGAUGAUAGGUUGAGGCCUUACCUGUUUGAAAUUGGCUAUGAAAAAUGGUCUAUAGCACAUUCAAACGUCAAUAGAUCAAUGGUGAUGAUUUCGAAUAUUGCAGAGUCGCUGAAUUCAGCAAAUAGAGAGGCACGAGAACUGCCAGUAAAGAAGCUACUACAAUUCAUGAUGGAUUUGGUAAUGACAUGGAAUAAUAGAAACAGAAUGAAUGCACAGGCAACAUUUAUUAAAUUAGGAAACAAGUACAACACAAUAAUGAGGGAAAAUCUCUUUUUAUCAGAUAAAAUGAAGGUAAUGGUUUCUACCAGUCAUGUGUAUGUUGUGAUUGAUGAAAUUCAAAAGUGA